CUCUAUUUUUGUAAACUAUAAAUGCAUUCAUAAGGUAUUCGGGUUAAAGAGGAAAAAAUCAGUUGCUCGAAAUUACAUCUAAUAUAUUAGAAACUUCUUUAUUUUAAGGACGGAGUCUGUACUAUCGUUGAAGUGUAUAUUAUUGUACAGUGAACUCAGUGGUAGGUUCAGGGAAAAGAAAGAAAUUUAAUUUUUGUUACAAUUAAAAGAUCUUGUUUGUAUAUUUUUGAUAUUCAUCGGCGAUUUUAUAAUGUCUAAAAAUCCAAACUUGCGUGCAACUAAGAACUUUUAUCUGCAGUUUUUAACCGUCAAUUCUCGAGAUACUUCAGUUAUUCCUUGUGUUCAUCUGUUUUUUGACUCUAAAAGAUACAUUUUUGGAAGCAUAGGUGAAGGAUGCCAAAGAGCUAUCCUUUCGCAACAGUUAAAGCUCUCAAAAAUCAAAGAUGUCUUCCUAUGUCACGGGGGUCGUAUGCUUUUGGAAUCUCCUUCUUCUAGUCUCUCUUCUUCAUCCGAAUCGAUAUCUUCAAUUUCGAGUCCUUUAGUGCAUGCAAGGAAUGACACCAAAGUAGACUGGUGGGAUUCUUGCGGUGGUCUUAUUGGGUUUCUUUUAUCCAUGAACGAUGCUUGCGAUCUUCCUCACGGUGAAAGCCCCUUCACCCUUCAUGGACCAAGCGAAAUCCAUUAUUACUUGUCUUGUAUGCGUCAUUUUACAUACCAUACAAAUGUAGAUUUGACUAUCGAAGGGUACACAUCUUCUGAAGCCCCCGAAUACGCCGACGAGAAUAUUCGCGUAACACCAGUUGUGAUUUCUCUGCCAUCAGGAGGAAGAAAACGUAAAUACUCUGAUAGUCGCACUUCAUCCAACACUGAUAUAACCUCUACUACAUCUGAUUCUACACCACAUUGGUUCUCUCAUUCCUCGAAUGAGACAGCCUUUGUGGUCGAUAACGCUUUAUAUAAUACUCCUCCCCCGUUAGAAAACCAGAGCCCUCAAAUUUUUAUCUCUUACAUCGUACAAUCUCAUCCUUCUCUAGGAAAGUUUGAUGCAAAAAAAGCCAAGUCUUUGGGUAUCACAAAAGGUACUGAUUAUGGAAAAUUAGCUAAAGGUGAAUCAAUAACUUUAGAAAAUGGUUCAACGGUUUACCCCGAUGAUGUUAUAGGCCCUCCUGUUCCUGGAUCAACCUUUUUCUUUAUUCAUUGUACGCAUGCAUCUUUAAUUGACAGUCUUAUCCAACAGCCUCAAUGGGCAAAUGCUCCGGAACCAAUUUGUAUAAUACAUUCUGUUUCGGAAGAUGUUUACAAUAACCAAAAGUACCAAAAAUGGAUAUCUUCAUUAUCUACGAAAGCUACCAAUAUUUUAUCACCUACGAAACCAAUAGAAACGAUUAACUAUCCUAGGAGUUCUUCUGCAAUCACAGCUUUAAACAUGCUGGAUGAUACUUCAUUUCCGCUUGGUAAAAAUUGCUACCAUGAUAAUUUAGAUACCUUGAAAAGGGAUGGAUAUGUAAUUGCGUGUCCGAAGAUGAAAUUUAUGUUUGGAAAAAAGCCUGGAAUAGAGUACCCAGAACCUGGACUGGAUGUGUCGCAGCUCAGACAAAAUAUUUUAGAAGAAAAGCCAGAUUAUAAACAUUUACUUACGAAAGCACAACUUUUGAAUAGCUCACUCAAUCUCCCAAAAGAUUUUGCAGGCUCUGAUAUUCAGUUCUCUACUUUAGGCACUGGCUCCGCGAUGCCUUCUUUAUACAGAAAUGUCUCUUCUACUUAUGUUAAAAUUCCCAAAGUUCGUGACAGUGAAUCUGUCGAGGCUUCAAGUUAUACGAACAAUAUCUUACUUGACUGUGGUGAAGGCACUCUUGGAAGACUGGCUAGGCAAUAUGGUGAUUGUUUGAAUGACGAGAUUUCAUCACUAAAAUGGAUAUAUAUUUCUCAUAUGCAUGCUGACCAUCAUGCAGGCGUAAUUGGAGUUUUAAGGCUCUGGUUUUCAAUAUCAAAUACUUCCUCCAAAUUGUUUUUAAGUGGGCCCCCUCAAUUUGAAUCAUGGCUUAAAGAUUAUUCGAAACUAGACAAGCUGGACCUGUCUAGAAUAGUAUUUCUUUCCAAUAGCGCCACUCGACGAGAUAGAACCUUUACGGAAGUUGAUCAGAUAAAAUAUCAAAUGCUUAUACAAGAACUCGACUUGGCUGCUUUUGAAACCGUUGCAGCAGUGCACUGUCCGUUUUCUUAUUGCAUGCAAUUUACGGGUAAUGAAGGAUGGAAAAUAGCUUAUUCUGGCGAUACAAGACCAUCUGAAGAAUUUAUUGACAUUGGAAAAGAUGCUACUGUUGUUAUUCAUGAAGCUACAUUGGAAGAUAGUAUGCAAGAAAUAGCUGUGCGCAAACAGCAUUCUACUUACAGUGAAGCUUUAGGAGUGGGCCAAAGCAUGAAUGCAAAAAAUAUCAUCCUGACACAUUUUAGCCAAAGAUAUCCAAAGCUGCCUGAUGUGAAACUUACAGAUAAGCAUUUAAAUGUUGCCUUGGCUUUUGAUGGCAUGUGUCUCAAGGUAUAUGAAAUUCCCAAAUUUAGGAAUUAUAUACAGCCUUUAGCCUAUUUAUUUGCUGAUGAUGAUACUGCUGAUAAUUGAAAACGUGGAAGACACGAAGCGUAAAGAAGCAGAUUUACGAGCCGAAAAUGUCGCUACGGAUUGAACAAUUAUUUAAGUCUAAAAAUUUUAUAUACAAUUAAUUAAUUUUUUAGUAGCGUAUAAAUAGCUUCUCAACCGUUAUGCAAAAAUCAUAAAAGCGAGAGGUUUAUUAAUAGAUUUCCAGCCAUUAUUAUAACCUAUAAUACUCA